AUGCUGUACACAACAGAGAUUCUGGAUGUCUUCAGAAACACCCCGAUCUUUGGUCUACUGGACCCAGAGGAGAGGCCAGAAACCACCUCCCAAGGAAACCCAGGGAGUCAUCAAACGCUGAGUAAUUUUCAGCACUUGGCAGUGACCAGGCCUCACCAAGCUGUGGGCCAAAUCCAGGCGCUCUGCCGAAAAUGGCUGCGCCCGGAGAAGCACACCAAGGAGCAGAUGCUGGAACUGCUGGUGCUGGAGCAAUUCCUGGGGGUGCUGCCCCCCAAGAUCCAGAUGUGGGUGAGGAGCAAACAGCCGAAGAACAGCAAUGAGGCUGCAACGCUCCUGGCAAAUUUGAUCCAAGCGUGUGAAGUGAGAGGUUUCCCUGCUCUGGACUCUGCCCUCGCAGAAGACACUGAAGAAGAAGCCAUCUUUGACAUGCUUCUCUCUACUGGAUCCCAGGAGUUGGUGACCUUCCAGGAUGUGGCUGUGGACUUCACCCCGGAGGAAUUAAGCUACCUCACUGCUGCUCAGAGGAACCUCUACCGGGAAGUGAUGUUGGAGAAUUACCAGAACCUGGUCUCCGUCGGGCAUCAGUUCGACAAGCCGGACCUUAUCUCACAGCUAGAGAAAGAAGAGUGGUGUGGGAUGGACGAAGACACAGAUGUAGUGACACAAGAUUGGGAGAUGAACCCUGAAACCAAACAGCACAGUCUGAUGCAUAAAGCACUAGUGGAAAACUCGCCCCCGGGGGCAGGAGCAGAGGUGCCAGCAGCAGGUGACCAUGCUGAAGAGCCCUUCGAUGGGCAGCAGGAGGAGCAGGCGAGCCCUGCACCACCCAGCCAGCUCCAGCCCAUCGCUCAGGAGGGAAGCCAUGGUCCAGACCAGGCUCUCACUCCACAACCAGAGCCUCCUCCAGCCCAAGCUCCCCAGAGAGAGGCUACUCCAAAUACCUGUACCAGUCUCUCGCCAUUCCUCCAAAAGGGCAGGCCCAAAAGAUGCGCAUUUGAGGAAAGUAACUCCGUGGCCCAGAAGGAACUUGAGAGCAAAUUAAGCAGUCAUGCUGGGAGAGAACCCUUGGAAGGUGAGCCGAGUGGAAAAGUUCUUCGCCCCACGAAGCACCUGAAAAGACGCCCGAGGACCUGUCUGGGGCAGAAGUUCCCGGGAUUCAGCGACAGCAGGCAACUCCAAAGGCCCUUGGGGAUCCACAGCCAGGCUCCCCACCUCAAAAGACACCAGAGGACCAGUUCCAAGAAGAAGCCCCUGGGAUACAGCUGCCGUGAGCAGUCUCGAGGGCCCCUGGGAUCCAGCAGCAGAGAACGGCAGCCCCAUGGGCACUUAGGGACCAGAUACCUAGAAGGGCGGCAGCCCCCAGGGCCCCUGGGACCUGAAGGCCGUGAAGGCCAGGAGCUUCAGGGGACCCUAGGGACCGGGAAUAGUGAAGGCAGGCAGCCCCGAGGGCCUCUGGGGACCGGAUGUAGAGAAGUGAAGGUGGGCAACCCCGAGGGACCCUGGGGACUGGAUGCAGAGAAAGGAGGCAGCCCCGAGGGCUCCUGGGGACCAGAUGCAGUGAAGGCGGGCAGCCCCAAGGCAUCCUGGGUACCGGAUGUAGAGAAGGUGGGCAGCCUCGAUGGACCCGACAUAGUGAAGGCUGAAGGUGGGCAGUUCCGAGGUCCCCUGGGAACCGGAAACAUUGAAGGCAGGCAACCCCGAGGGCCCGUGGGAAUCAGAAGCAGUGAAGGUGGGCGGCCUCGAGGGCCCCUGGAAGCCGGAAGCAAUGACAGCGGGCCUCCGCAAAGACCCCUUCGGACCCCUAGCCAGGAGGGUUACUACGAGUGUCCCCAGUGUGACAGAGCUUUCAUCCUGGAGUCACACCUCUUCCAACACCAACAAGCCCAUGAAGCAGCCAAAGCUCUCCCCGCUGGGCUGCCCCGCGCUGCCAAGACCUAUUCCAUCCGUUACCUGCGAAGGCACAGCACGGACUGGGAGACGGCCUUCCAGUGUUGCGACUGCGGCAAGGCCUUCGAGCGGCACUCCCACCUCAGCCAGCACUACCGCGUUCAUGCCCAGGAGCGACCCUUCCAGUGCCAGCUGUGUGGACGAUGCUUCAGCCGGCCCUCGCAUCUCACUCAGCACUACCAGCACCAUUCUCGCGAGACAGCUGCUGCCGGGGGUCACUGA